AUGGCUCGAUCUCAAGAUUCGGUUUUGAAGUACAUGAUGAAGAUUAUGGAAGUUUGCAAAGCUAAAGGAUUCGUCUACGGAAUCGUACCGGAGAAAGGUAAACCGGUAACCGGUUCUUCAGACAGUUUAAGACGUUGGUGGAAAGAAAACGUUCAAUUCGACCAAACCGCUCCAAACGCUGUUUCUGAUUACUUAACAUUAGCGGCUGCACAGUUAAUCUCUUCAAGCGAAUCUCUUGACCCGAAUUCGUAUAUCCACAUGCUUCACGAGCUACAAGACACGACUUUAGGGUCUUUGUUAUCGGCUUUGAUGCAACACUGCGUGCCUCCGCAACGGCGGUUUCCGUUGGAGAAAGGUUUGGCUCCGCCGUGGUGGCCGACCGGAACAGAGUUAUGGUGGGGAGAGCAAGGAGCGGCUGCGUUCGAUCACGGUCCGCCUCCGUACCGUAAACCGCACGAUCUUAGAAAAGCUUGGAAAGUUAGCGUUUUAGCGGCUGUGAUCAAACACAUGUCGCCGAAUAUGGAGAGAGUGAGAAGGCUCGCGAGGCAGUCCAAGUGUUUGCAAGAUAAGAUGAUGGCUAAAGAGACUGAUACUUGGUCUCGUGUGUUGAACCAAGAAGAAGCUCUUCUCAAACGACUCAAGAUUUCGGACUACGAAGAGGAGGAGGAGGAUCAAGAACCGGAAAGAUUUGUGUCUUUUGAUCAAGAAUCUUUGCUAAACGACUGUUUUCUUGUAGCGCAAGAUCAAGAACCGGGGAGAUUGAUGAGGAAAGACAAAAGGGUUGAUCCAGAAUUUUCGAUGAACGACUGUUUUCGUGUAGCGCAAGAUCAAGAACAGAGGAAAGGGAAAAGGGUUGAUCAAGAAUCAUCGUUUAAUGCUUUUUUUUUUGUAGAUCGGAAUCAAGAGGACGAACAGUUUGGUAACAAGAGAAAAGGUGAGUUUGUGGAGAAAGAAGCGAUGUUAUCUAAUGUAUACACUUGUGAAAACUCGAGUUGUCCUUCGAGUGAUGUGAGUUUAGGAUUUAUGGACAAGAACUUGAGGACCGGCCACGAGAUUGAGUGUCUCUACGGGACACAAGAACCGAUAAACCAGAGUAGUGGCGGAUCGGAUGGGUUUGUUCAGUCGAUGACUACGAGUGAUGAUGAUUACGGCCCGAGCUCGAAAGCAGAGGACGCUACAGAUUAUCAUAAUCAAGAAGGAAACUGGCUAGAUUAUCUCUGGUUCGAGAGGUUACAUGAUUUGAAUUGUUCUAAUCAAGGAUUCGAAGAUCAAACAACCGCGGUGGAUUUAAACCAAUUACCAGACCAUUCUGACUCGAAUCAGACCAUGAACGAGGAAGAUUUCUCGUUAUGGGACAUGGGUUGUGAAGACAAAGAUAUUUAUAUGUCUCCUCAAGAUUGA